CCUGGUAAUUUCAAACACCUUGUACCUUCAUCUUCUUCCUCUGACCUCGACUUCUCCUCGUUUGUCUCCAAAAGGAAGCUCCACCUCCUUUUCAUUCCCCUCCCCUUCCAUGGCGAGCUUCACAGUCGAUUCUUCGACUAAACCCCUGCAACUCGAAUCCAUCGAACUUGUCGAUCUCCGCUUCUUAUCUCAAUCGGAACUCAACUCGUUAUCUCUUUGCUCCGGCGACGCCUUCGACCUUCGCCGUUGUGAUGACGUUGUAAUCCCUAAAAUCGACCGUUCCGUCUUCAACGAGAGCGCCGGAAGUCGAAAGCAGACAUACUCUCGUCUCCGCCUCGCCCCUAGCAAACCUGAAGUCACGAGCAUUGGUCGUCGCAGGCGCCAUGCCGCCCUUCUUCCCGUCCCUAAACCCCCGCCGAACCCCGUCGACGAUCCUGAACGAAAAGAGAACAAACAGAUUGUUUCUAUUCUACGGGAGCUGUUCGGUAAGGACAAUUCGGUUACCGAGUUAAUCCCUCUUGAAGGAGACCAUGGAGAGCCGCUCUCCGAGCCCUUGAAGAUGGAGAAUGGAGUUUCUAUGCAACAAUUUCCGGUUGCUUCUGUCGACGGGGAAAGGAAGAGGAAGAGAGGUAGGAAACCGAAGCCCAAGGUAGAGGGAAAUGGCGGCGGUAUGAGCAACGCUGUUGUUGUUUACGAUAGCAUAUCCUACGUGCAGAAUCGGCCUAUGGAAAUUGUAAACCGGAAUGGUGUGGUCGUUGAUGCUGCUUCUUUGGCUAAAAUUAAUGAUCCUUUCGGUCCUGAGUUGAAGAGGAGAACUUCUGGAUUGCAGACAGAAGCAGAAUUAUUAGGGUUUCUGAGGGGGUUGAAUGGACAGUGGGGUAGCAGGAGGAAGAAAAGGAAGAUAGUUGAUGCCAGUGAUUUUGGAGAUAACUUGCCCAUAGGUUGGAAGCUUCUACUCAGCCUCAAGAGGAAAGAAGGUCGCGUCUGGUUAAAUUGCCGGAGAUACAUAAGCCCAAGUGGGCAGCAGUUUGUGUCCUGCAAGGAAGUCUCUUCAUAUUUGAUCUCUGUUUUUGGACCUCAAGAUGCAAGCAAACUCAUUUCUGGCCACAAUGAUGAAAGCACUCAUGUAGCAUAUAAAUUAACCUCUGGAACUAUUUCAGGUUUGAUCCACAAGGAUGGCAACACAGGGAAAAGCCCCAAUUUCUGUUCAAUUUCAACUGUUGCAGCUAUAUCUAGUGACCAUGACAAACAAGUUGCUUUAUUGAGAGUUGAGAAUUUGGCAGAGGUCCAAGUACGGGACCUUUUAGAAUGUCAAAAAUGCAAUAUGACUUUUGAUGAAAAGGAUGCAUAUUUGCAGCAUUUGUUAUCAUUUCACCAGAAAAAUGCAAAGAGGUACAGGCAGGGUUCAUCGAUUGCUGAUGGGGUAAUAAUUAAAGAUGGAAAGUAUGAAUGUCAGUUCUGCCAUAAGAUUUUCCAAGAAAGGCAUCGGUACAAUGGUCAUGUUGGUGUCCACAUGAGGAACUAUGUCAGGAGUCUUGAAGCAUCACCAGGUGAGAUUACUAUGCAAAAGAGUAUUGGUCCUCCAUCCUUGGGUGUAAUUCCUUCAGCAGUCCCUAAGAUGGAUGCAUUGCUUGACAUUGACAAAGUUCCUAUUCCAGAAACUUCAACUGCCAAGCCUAAUAAUGCUCUGAAUGUUGGUUCUCCUCAUAGUAAAAUGGGUGUUGUUUUGACUCCAGAAACUUGUACUGCUAUAGACAACUAUGAAUCAGGUGUAAAUUCCUUACAUAAUAAACAGGCUAUGCACAGUAAUAAGAUUGACAAGUCCAUUGGCAAUGAAUCUUAUGAUAAGCUGGAUGUUGAUCCUAAGAUAACUGAUGAUAAAUCAGGCACUUUGCACAAGGACAGAAAGACCACAUCUGUUGAAAUUAAUUCUUGCUUCGAUUAUGGAAGUGCAUUGCCUGCUAAGGUAGAAAAUGUUAGCUCUGAAGCUUCUUGUGGAAAAGAUGGUUUUGCAAGCAAUAUUGUUGAAAUUGAUAAGCCUGCUACCAAGCAAGAGAACUGUCAUAUGAGCUCUUUACUUGUGCCAUCUUCUAAUGGACAAACUUGCAUGGUGGUUAUUAAUUCUGAAACUCUAUUAUCUAGUGACAAGGAAAAUGUUAUAUUUGAAACUGCUCGUGGAAAAAAUGGUUCUGCAAGCACUAAUGUUGAAGUUUAUAAGCCUUCCAUUGAGCCAGAAAGGUCUUCUCAAAGCUGUUCAUUUACUCUUUAUGCCAAUGAGCAAACCUGCAGGCCCAAAAAUAAUAUAGAUAGGGUUCUCUUAAGUACUGCUGAAGAACCCGAGCUUGACAAAGUUGAAAAUGUUGGAAGUAUUGAUAUAGGAAGUGGGUUUAAUGACAAGCAAGCUAAAUCAGGUAAAGAUUCUUUAAUAGAAGCUAAUGAGAGCACUGUUGAAAAUAAUGUAAUAAACAGUAGGAUGGUUGAACCUUCACUGCAGCAAUCUGAUUGCCUUCCCACCCUUGACCAGAUGGGAAGUGCUGGAAGUGAGACAGAUGUUGUAAUAGAAGCUACUGGGGACACUAAUGAAAAUAAUUCAAUGCAGAAUGCAAGGGAAAAACCUUCAUCACUGCCAUUAGUGCAAUCAUCCUCUAAUUGCCAUCUCACAAUUUGUGAGAUGGUAAGUGGGCCUGAUGGCAGUCAGGAAGAACUAGGUAAAGAUGUUUUAACAGAAGCUAGCAGGGAUGCUGAUGAAGAAAAUGCAGUGCACAGUGAGGCUGUAGAACCUUUGGUGCCAUCAAUGCAGUCAUCCGGUUGCUUUUCCACACUUGAUGAGAUGGAAAGUCAGUUUGAUGGCAACCAGGUUGGACCAGCUAAAAAUGUUGUAACUGAGGCUACUGGAGGAACUGUUGAAGAAAAUGCAAUUCAGGGAAUGCAAACUUCUGAUUGCUUCCCUACACUUCAUGAUAUGGUAAGUGGGCCUGAUGGCAGUGGGGAAGAACCAGGUAAAGAUGUUUUGACAGAAGCUACCAGGGAUGCUGAUGAAGAAAAUGCAGUGCAGGGUGGGAUUAUAGAGCCUUUGGUGCCAUCAAUGCAGCCAUCCGAUUGCUUUCCCACACUUGAUGAGAUGGAAAGUCAGUUUGAUGGCAACCAGGUUGGACCAGGUAAAAAUGUUGUAACUGAGGUUACUGAAGGAACUGUUGAAGAAAAUGCAAUUCAGAGAAUGCAGUCCUCUGGUUGCUGGCCCACACCUAUUGAGAUGGGAAGCGGGCCUAAUGGCAAUCAGGAAGAACCAGGUAAAGAUGUUUUAACAGAAGCUACCAGGGAUGCUGAUGAAGAAAAUGGGAUGCAGAGUGGAAUUAUAGAACCUUUGGUGCCAUCAAUGCAGUCAUCUGAUUGCUUUUUCACACUUGAUGAGAUGGAAAGUGAGCUUGAUGUCAUCCAGGUACAAUCAGGUAAAAAUGUUGGAGCAGAGGAUAUUGGAGGAACUAUUGAAGAAGAUGCAAUUCAGAGAAUGCAGUCCUCUGGUUGCUGGCCCACACCUAUUGAGAUGGGAAGUGGGCCUAAUUGCAAUCAGGAAGAACCAGGUAAAGAUGUUUUAACAGAAGCUACUAGGGAUGCCGAUGAAGAAAAUGCAAUGCAGAGUGGAAUUAUGGAACCUUUGGUGCCAUCAGUGCAGUCAUCUAAUUGCUUUCCCACACUUGAUGAGAUGGAAAGUGAGCUUCAUGUCAUCCAGGUACAACCAGGUAAAAAUGUUGUAACAGAGGAUAUUGGAGGAACUAUUGAAGAAAAUGCAAUUCGGAGUGCGACUACAGAACCUACACUGCCAUUAAUGCAGCCCUUUGAUUGUUUUCCCAGCCUGGACGACAUAGGAAGUGGGCUUGGUAGCAGUCAGGCUGGACUGGGUAAAUAUGAUGAAACAGAGGCUAUUGAGGGCACUGGCAAAGAACAUACAACGCAGAGUGGGAUGACAGAAGCUUCAUUGGUCCUGAUGCAAUCAUCUGAUUGUUUUCCCACCCUUGAUAUGAUCCCAGAUAAGGAAGGUGAUGACUUCUGCAAUGUCAACCAGAAGCUUGACAACAUAUCAAGUUUUGAAGAGUUGAGGUUUGAUGAAAUAGAGCAUCCAGAGUUGAGUUUUGUUAAUGGGCAAGAAUCAAGCUCUCUUCCAGGGGAAUCCUUGGACCUGACAUAUGAUGUUGAACUGGAACAAGGACUCGAUGCCUCUGAUCAGUUUGAGUGGGAAACUGUCUUACCAAAUGUUGCUAGCAGUCGGCUUACAGCUGUAUGCGUAUGGUGCAGAAUAGAGUUCAACCAUGAGUCAAUCACCUCUGAAACACAUGUAAAUUCAGUUGGUUUUAUGUGUCCAACCUGCAAGGCCAGGAUAUCGGGUCAAUUGAAUGUAUUGGACAAUGGCUUGUCUGUAAAUCCUGAUCAACUGUGAAGAGGGUUAUGCUUCUUGUAUUUCUUUAAAUGUCUUUUCAGAUGUCGGUAAUUUCUAUACUUCCACGGCAAUGUUAUAUUAGAUAAUAAUUCUGCAGAUCAACUCUGAUAUCUGUUUGAUGUUCUCUUCAA